AUGAGGGAUUACACAUUUCAGCUCAAUCUCAGUGUUGGAAAGAGCACAGGCACCUGUAUAGACUUCAGACCGGACAAUGAGAGCGAACUCCUCGUGGGAAUCGACACAGGCCUCGUUAUCCAGUGCUCCGUGUCCUGUUCCUCACACACGUUUAUCCGUUACCCCGCCCACUCUGCGCCCGUGAGAGAUGUGGGCUGGAACAAGUAUUACUACAAGAUCUUCAUCUCUUGUUCCGUAGAUUGGUCGGUCAAAGUCUGGCUCCAGGAUAAUACGACGCCCCUUAUCACCUUGGACAUGGGGGGCUCCGUGGCCGCAGCCAGCUGGUCGGCCUUCAGCAGCAGCGUCUUCGUAGCUGUGACAGACGAAGGUCGGAUAUACGUGUACGACCUCCACGUCCGGCAGUCACGACCACUGUGCGUUCAGAGUGUGAUGCAGAAGCGGCGUGUGGUAAUGACGAGCCUCUCCUUCAACACGUAUCACCCGAUCAUCCUCAUCGGCGGCGAAAAAGGCCACCUGAUAUCACUCAAGCUCUCGCCAAAUCUACGUCAGGUAAACAAGGACCCGCGAGACAUGGAGGAAAUGACGCACAAAGAAGUGGAAGUGUGCAAGAUGGAGAGACUCAUCGCCGUUAACAAGGGGUAGAUUUGUAGCCUUGCGCAGCUAUAGG